GCACCUCCGACCCCGCUCGGGUGAAGAUGGCGGGCGUUAGGCGGUCGGGCUGAGUGGCUGCCGCCAGAUUAAUCGCCGUGAAAAAAGAUCAAGUCACAGGAAGCUGGAAGGUUUGCAUCCAGUAACAUUGCACCAGGAUUGACAGAGUCGUACGUUUUACCUUAACCUGAGCAUCGACGGAGUUUGAACAUGGAAGAGAAGAAUGCCAGUCCCAGUGCAGAGGGAUCACGGGAAGGUGGGGAUGGUGGAAAGGAAUUGAGUCCCGUUUCUGAGCUGGAAUCUCAUCAACACAGUCACACAGGGAAGAAGCCAUUCAUCUGCUCCCAGUGUGGGAAGGAAUUCACUGAAUUAUCCGACCUCCUCAGCCACCAGCAAGUUCACGCUGGGGAGAAAACAUUCAAAUGUCCAGACUGUGGGAAGUGCUACAAAUGUUCUAAGGACUUGGUGUCUCACCAACGUGUUCACACUGUAGAGAGACCGUUCAAGUGCUCUCACUGCGGAACUGGGUUCCGGCUGCCAUCGCAACUGACUGUACACCAGCGGAUUCACACCGGGGAGAGGCCGUUCAUCUGCUCCGAGUGUGGGAAGGGAUUCACUCGGUCGUCUGACCUGCUCAAACACCAGCGGGGUCACACUGAGGAGAGACCGUUCCGGUGCUCCCACUGUGGGACUGGUUUCAAGCAAUCGUACGAUCUCACCGUGCACCAACGAAUUCACACUGGGGAGAGGCCGUACUCCUGCUCCGAGUGCGGGAAGGACUUCACUCGUUUGUCCAAUCUGCUCAGUCACCAACAAGUUCACACCGACGAGAAACCUUUCAAGUGUCCAGAGUGUGGGAAGGGCUAUAAAAAUUCAUGGAAACUGAAGUCCCAUCAACGUGUUCACUCUGACGAGAGACCGUUUCGAUGCUCUGACUGUGGGAUGAUGUUCAAGCGAUCAUUUCAACUCACUGUUCACCAGCGCAUUCACACCGGUGAUGGGUUAUUCACCUGCUCCAAGUGUGGGAAGGGAUUCACUCAGUUAUCCAAUCUCCAGUCACAUCAGCUGGUUCACACCGAUGAGAGGCCUUUUCAGUGCACGGACUGUGGAAAGAGUUUUAAAAGUUCUGCAGGACUGAUCCGUCAUCAACGUAUUCACUCUGAUGAGAAACCGUUCAUGUGUUCUCAGUGUGGAGCGAGGUUCACACAGUCAUAUACUCUCACUGUGCACCAGCGGGUUCACACUGGGGAGAGGCCAUUCACCUGCUCCGAGUGUGGGAAAGGAUUCCGUCGAGCAUCCAACCUACUGGAACACCAGCGGGUUCACGCCACGGAGAGACCUUUUGAAUGUCCAGCCUGUGAGAAGAGCUUCAAAUGUGCCCGGGACCUUAUGUCCCAUCAGUGCGCUCCCGCUGCAGCGACACCCUUCAGAUGCUCUCAUUGCGCGCCUGAGUUGGAGCAGUCAUCCCAGUUCACUGUAGACCAGCGACUCCACACUGAGCAGCAACUGUUUAUCUGCUCCGAGUGUGGGAGGAGUUUCACUCCAUCAUCCAAAUUGCUGACACACGAGUGAGUUCACACCGCUGAGAGGCUGUUCACUUGCUCUGAGUGUGGGAAUGUUUUUGUUGGAACACCAGCAAGGUCACACCGAUGAAAAACUGAGAGAAAGGAAUUGAAACUUCCUGGGACCUGACCUCCCGUUGUGUUCUUUCUGAGAGACUGUUAGCUGCUUUCACUAUCAAAUAGGGUUCGGGGUGAUUACUACUGUACACCGGCGAAUGUGGAGGGGCUGUUCUCCUGCUGACUCAAGUCAUCCAGCUUAGUUGAUGUACCAGCGCAUUCAUAAUUAACUGGAGUUUGCUGUUGAUCACAUCCAGGAUGUUUAUCAGGCUGACAUUCAAAACUCCGAACCAGUUGUGGGUAUUAAUAUUCCGGUUUAAAAGGAAAUAAAUCCGCC